CUCCUUCCCCUGCUUAGCCUGCUCUGCUCUACUCCAAUAAAUAUAGGCCACAUUCUUGAAUUCAAUUCUCAUCCCCCACCAAUCUUCUUUCAUCAACUCAUUCCUUUCCCUCUUCUUCCUUACUACUCCUUUCUAAAAUUUGCCAAAAAUGGCAUCAAACACCAUCUUGUCACUUGCUUUCUUGGUUUGUUCCUUUGUACUUUUCACAAAUGCCAAUGCAAAUUUCGCACCUUCUGGUUGGAUGAGUGCUCAUGCUACCUUCUAUGGAGGCAGUGAUGCCUCUGGCACAAUGGGGGGUGCUUGUGGAUAUGGAAACUUGUAUUCAACUGGUUAUGGAACAAGAACUGCAGCAUUGAGCACAGCAUUGUUCAAUGACGGCAAAUCUUGUGGACAAUGCUACAAGAUUAUAUGUGAUUACAAACAAGAUCCCGAUUGGUGCCGGAAAGGAGUGUCUAUUACCAUUACUGCCACCAAUUUCUGCCCACCAAAUUGGGACCUUCCAAGCAACAAUGGAGGAUGGUGCAACCCGCCGCGUCCCCAUUUCGACAUGGCUCAACCAGCUUGGGAAAAGAUUGGUAUCUACAGGGGUGGCAUUGUCCCUGUCCUCUACCAAAGAGUUCCAUGCAAGAAACAUGGUGGAGUGAGAUUCACAAUCAAUGGAAGGGAUUUCUUUGAACUAGUAUUGAUCACCAAUGUUGGAGGUCCUGGAUCAGUGGCUGCAGUACAAAUCAAAGGAUCAAAAAAAAACAAUAACUGGAUGCCAAUGUCUAGGAAUUGGGGAGCCAAUUGGCAGUCAAACAUAUUCCUGGAUGGUCAAUCCCUUUCAUUCAGAGUAACCACCUCGGAUGGACAAACUAAAGACUUCAUCAACAUUGUCCCAUCAAAUUGGCAGUUCGGACAGACAUUCUCCAGCUCCUUGCAGUUCUACUAAGAAACUGGAAGGAAAGCGGCUUCAGAGUUCCUGGGUUUUUUUAAAUAGAAUUUGUUGGAUUUUUGGAGGCUUUUUCUCUACAGGCAGCGGCGUGCUUACUAUUUUACCUGAAAGCAGCCCGCCAAUACAAAUAUAUAUACAACAACUAUAUAUAUUUUUGGCGCUUAUACAAACAAAAAACAGCAUGGAUGGAUUUUGAUUCUUUCGGGAGAAGACGAGGAGAAUUGAAAGUUUUUUGGGUUUUGAUAAUAUUUGGAUGCGGAAGAAAGAACCCAUGAACUCGAGGAGCCCACCCCAGCUGGUUCAAUCGUCCAGAAAUGAGAAAAACAGGGGCGAUUGUUUAUACAUUUUUUACACUGUCUUUACUACUUCCAUUCUGUAUGUAAUUCAGUCAUCAAUUUGGUCAUUUUUUCAAUUUUCAUUUUGGGAGGAAGAGAGAAAUAAGGAGCAAACUGCUUUUAAGUUCAGGCAGCAUUUUGUUUAUUUGAAUUGGAAAGGAUUUCAUAUGUUCUUCUCCCCAAUCUGGUUGUAAUCUUUGAACUAACUUUUUGAAUUACAUACAUCC